AGGAGAUGACCAGAGACUGCGGACAUAGUACAGGAAAUGACCAGAGACUGCAGACAUAGUACAGGAGAUGACCAGAGACUGCAGACAGUACAGGAGAUGACCAGAGACUGCGGACAUAGUACAGGAGAUGACCAGAGACUGCGGACACAGUACAGGAGAAGACCAGAGACUGCGGACAUAGUACAGGAGAUGACCAGAGACUGCGGACAUAGUACAGGAGAUGACCAGAGACUGCAGACAUAGUACAGGAGAUGACCAGAGACUGCGGACAUAGUACAGGAGAUGACCAGAGACUGCGGACACAGUACAGGAGAUGACCAGAGACUGCGGACAUAGUACAGGAGAUGACCAGAGACUGCGGACACAGUACAGGAGAAGACCAGAGACUGCGGACAUAGUACAGGAGAUGACCAGAGACUGCAGACAUAGUACAGGAGAUGACCAGAGACUGCGGACACAGUACAGG